GCGUCACGCUACGCCCCGCUAACCGGGGGUCGGUCAAGGUCUGCGCCUGCGCGGGCUCGGCAGCUCGCCGUUCCGCCGGCUGGCGGCUAUCAGGCUUGGAGCUGGGCGUUCGAGGCUAUGGAUUGGCCAAAUGGACGCCUUGCAGAGAGGACAUCCAGCUAUCAAAAUUGACUCCAGAAAAGGGAACCUAACAGACCACUAACAAUGGAGGAAAUUGAGAAUGUUAUCAAAAAGCUACCAUUCCUCAAAACACCAGGCCCAGAUGGUGUUACAGGUUAAAAAAAUCCUUCAUGAAGAAGAAAGAUCUUAAGCCACAUGAUGGAUUCAGAAGCUCAUGAAAAGAGGUCUCCUAUCAUAACAUCUUCAAAGCAAGAUAUAUCACCUCAUAUUACAGAUGUUGGCGAAAUGAAACAUUAUUUGUGUGGCUACUGUGCAGCUUUCAACAAUGUAGCGAUCACAUACCCCAUUCAGAAGGUCCUCUUUCGGCAACAGCUUUAUGGAAUCAAAACCAGAGAUGCAGUGCUUCAGUUGAGGAGGGAUGGAUUUCGAAACCUGUAUCGCGGAAUCCUUCCCCCUUUAAUGCAGAAGACAACAACACUAGCACUUAUGUUUGGUCUGUAUGAGGAUUUAUCUUGCCUCCUCCGCAAGCAUCUCAGUACCCCAGAGUUUGUAACCCGUAGCAUGGCAGCAUUACUUGCAGGGACAACAGAAGCAAUUUUCACUCCAUUUGAAAGAGUUCAGACAUUGCUUCAGGACCACAAGCAUCAUGACAAAUUUACAAAUACUUACCAGGCUUUCAAAGCACUGAAAUGCCAUGGAAUUGGAGAAUAUUACCGAGGCUUGACACCUGUUCUUUUCCGCAAUGGCUUCAGCAAUGUCCUGUUCUUUGGCCUUCGGGGUCCUAUUAAGGAGCACCUGCCCACUGCAACAACUCACGGGGCUCAUUUGGUCACUGAUUUUAUCUGUGGAGGUCUGCUGGGUGCCAUGUUGGGAAUCUUGUUUUUUCCGCUUAAUGUUGUAAAAACUCGCAUGCAGUCUCAGAUUGGUGGGGAGUUUCAGUCUUUUCCGAAGGUUUUCAAAAAAAUCUGGUUAGAACGGGACAGGAAACUGACCAACCUUUUCAGAGGUGCCCAUCUGAAUUACCAUCGGUCCCUCAUCUCUUGGGGCAUAAUCAAUGCAACUUAUGAAUUCUUGUUAAAGGUUAUAUGAAAGAAGUCAUCAGUUACAUGCCAUUUAUUAACUGGCUACACCUUCAAAGAAGAAAGCUGUUUGGCCUUGUUCCUAAUUGGCAAAAUAUAAGUUGGUGUCAUAAGUUCAGGGCACAGUGAAUUAUGGGCAAAGCUGUUUUCCUUAAGCACCAACAAAUUCAGAAUAAAAUACUUCAAUAGGAAAAUUUAAGGGUUUGGGGUUUUGGUUUUUUGGGUUUUAUUCUAAUUACUACCUGAGAACUAUAGGCUGAUUUCCUGGUUAAUAGCUGUUUUAUCUGAUGGAUGGCUUUUGACAAGGAAACCAAUAGCCAAGAUGGUCUUUUUCCCCAAAGUCUUUAAACCUUCUCUGUUGAAACAUAAGCGGCCAUCACCAGCCAGAGAAAAGGUUCUUAAGGUCCCUUGAAUUCUCAGGCUUGCUUUUAUUACUCCAUUUCUUGCUUCUGUGUUCUUAGGAGCUGCAAAGGGUAGUCUUUGCUAAACUUAAGCAUGUACACCAGAGGACAAAGGAGCACAAGAGAGAAGAGCUGAAUAGGCAUAGGCUUUUUCAUGAUAAAUUGCCUGUAUUAGAUUUUGAAACAAAGCACCUGUUGGGAUAGUCAUUAUCUAAACUAUUUCUAUUCAGACAUGGUAGACUCAAGCAGGUAAUGAAAGCUCCCAUUUUGCUUUCUAGGUUUAAGGGUUUUCUGUUUAGUUCUGAAUAUGACCUUAAACCUGUCCAAAACAUCCUAUGUCAAUUUCACUUAUAGCCAAAAGAUGAGGAGACUUAAAUUUUAUUACAGGCAUUUCAUCCUAAGUUUUUGUAUUAAUUUCAUUCAGAUCCAACUCUCUUUAGCUCAGUUUCUUUCUUUUAAAGAUUUUAUUUUUUUAGAGAGAGGGGAAGGGAGGGAGAAAUGGAGAGAAAAAUCAAUUGGUUGCCUCUCAUAUGUACCCCAAACGGGGACCAAACCUGUAACCGAAGGAUGUGCCCCAACCCAGAAUCGAACCAGUGAUCUUUUGCUCUGCAAGAUGAUGCCCAACCAACUGAGCCACUCCAGUCAGGGUUCUUUAGCUCAAUUUCUUUGAGUUAUUGUUGCCAACUUAGUAAACAGCUUUGGAUAUUUUUUCCCCUUUAGAUAGUAGUUUGUCUUAUUCAAGUAUUCUAUUCUCUUGAAACUCCUUUUUUUUAAAAAAACAAAAACAAAAACAAAAAAAACCACUGCCAUACAAUUUUAUUUUAGAAGUCUAAUAGGAAUCUCAGAUUUUUCUCUGGUUUCUAAAUGUUUUGGGGGAGGGGGAAAAAUCAGGAUAGCUUUCACCCACAGUGUUAGCUGCUUUUUUUUUUUUUCUUUUUUAAAUUUUACUCUUGGGAAUAGAAACUUCUCUUAGGAUUUUUACAUUUUGGGAACCCAAUUUUACCGUUUUAUCACUAAAACAGUUUGAGAGGAGAAGACCUAAAUAAAGAUAUUUAAAGGGUUAAUUUUAAAUUUCUAGAAGUUGAUAAAAUAGCUGGAUAGGUUGAUUACUCAUGCCUUACCUCACAAGAAUUUAUAUUAUCAAAGGAAUCAGAUUUUAAAAUACUUUUUCCAGAUAAACAAGGCAAAAUGAUUCAUGUACCAAUUGAAUAAUUAAUAAAACAAAACAUCUAGAAAAGCCAUUUAUCUUUUAAAAACCUACAUCUGUAAAUCUGUGAUCAAGACUGCUUUCCAGCAUCUGACAUAGUAGGUUUCUUAUUACUAGUUUUUCGUCAUUCUGAGUAAUUGCAUAUGGAAAUGUGCACCUACUGACCAAAAUAAAAUCAAGGUCUCAAUUGGUAGUUUACUCAGUUUCUGGGCAGAUAGUCCAAAAAAAGAUGUUUACCUCUACAUACAGUAUGGCUGGUCAAAUAAACAUUCUUCCAACCAAAAGGAUUAGAAAGCAUAAUCAAGUAUUUGUUAGGCAGUAAUCAAGCUCAGGAGAUUUACAACAGCUGUGUUUGACAAGGUACUAUAAAUGGCAGUUUACUUCAGCAACAAAGGUGCAAAUGUAAAAAUUGCCGAAAACAAUGUCACCAAAUAAAUGUGAGUAGCAUCCUUUGGCCUAUCAAAUAGUCAAUUCAGCAUUUGAAGUGGCUCUUUCAGAAAUGAACGGCAGUGGUACUGUGGUGCCUGGCCCCCUCACUCAUGUGUGUGUCCCUGAGUACUGGGCAUGUCUAGGUGCUCAGCGUGUGGCAGGUGUGUUAGCCUGGGGUCAGGUCCUGGCCCUGGGAAAGGGCUCCAUGGCCUUGGGUUCCACAGGCUUCCUUUUGUCUAUACACUCCAUGCAGAUGGUAGAAAUCUAAGUUCUAAAGCACUUCUGUGAAAUACAAGUGAGGUGAGAAUUUGAAGGAGGAUGCUUUGAUUCCUGCUGUCUCAAAUAUGUGGCAUUUGCAAACAAUAAAUAUUUUUAAUGGUUUUAACUCAUACCUUUUCGGGAUUUCUUUGUUUUUACAGCUUUUGAAGACCAAAUUGCAAAUACGUUACCAGGGAUGGUUUUGUGUUGUGCUAUAUAGAUUUCUUAAAUUUGACAAAUUGCCAACAGGACUUGUCUCUAACAGCUUUGUCUGAACUUUAAGGCAAAAUGUGUUAAUAAGAUUCUAACUAUUGUUUUUACCUUCAGUGUAAACUAGUACAGCAAUUUUGAAAAGACAAAUAUGAUUGAAUAACCAUUUGAAAAGCUUUAAAAAUGGCCCUUUCUGUUGUGUAUGUGACACAGACUGCUCAUGAGCACAGGGCACUUCGGUCGUGCCUCCUGUGCUUCAUGCCCGGUGUUACGGAUUCCAUAAUUAACACACACUGAGCGACAUGCGCCCUCAGGACUGCACCACAGAGUACACAUAACCUCUGUAUGGUGGCAUGUUCGUGUUGGAGAGUAGGUGGAUGCUUUUGUCUCAGUAGUCAAUAUUUAUCUUACCUUACAGUUUUAUUAUCCCCUGCCAUAUAUUGUGAACUGUGUGGUCGAACAGAAUUGUGCAAUUACAGUCACCGAAGACCUGAAAUUCCUUAAUUACAGUGGUAAUACUCAGAGAGCUGUGCAGACAUGUAAGGGAAUAGGAGGUGGUAGACAGGGCGUAUGGAGUGGGAUCUAGAGGGCUUCAGGGUAAGCCAGCCCUGUUGACCAGUGCUGGUUCACUGCAGAUGGAGUGUGCAGCGUGGAGGGUAUGCAGUCAAAAUGAAGGCGAGACAGGGGAUCACUCCUGAAGAGAGACUUGAUUUCUUCUAAAUUAAAAUGCUAUCUCUUUUCCCAUGCAUAUAAGUGCAUAUCAAAGACUUGUACGGG